CCAAACAAUUGGUGUCUGGGAGUGUGGGGUUUGUGACCUGUCCACACAACUGGAAGCAACAUAGAAAGGGUUUGGUUGAAAAUUUUCGAAUGGCGCGGCAGAAGAUUGAGAUCAAGAAGAUCGACAACACAGCAGCAAGGCAAGUGACCUUCUCAAAGAGGAGAAGAGGGCUUUUUAAGAAAGCACAGGAGCUCUCAAUACUGUGUGAUGCCGAGAUAGCGCUUAUUGUCUUCUCAGCAGCAGGAAAGCUCUUUGAGUAUUCAAGCUCAAGUGUGAGCCAGGUGAUUGAAAGGCACAAUCAGCAUCCACAGACUCCAGAGAAACCAGAACCACCAUCUCUGGAGCUGCAGGCAAAUGAAAGGAGAAGAGCUCCAGGGAUUAAAAAUAGAAGAAUUGACUGAACUAGAGGAAUUACUUGAAGCUGUUC